CGAGUCACCCGGCAGCUGUGUGGUGGCUGAGAAGCCUGAGUACCCGAUUACUUUGCGUUCUCCGCUGGUUGUCCACAGGCUUCUGGCCUGGGUUUGGGGCCGUUAUGGGGAAGGUGAAUGUGGCCAAGUUGCGUUAUAUGAGCCGGGAUGACUUCAGGGUCCUGACCGCGGUUGAAAUGGGCAUGAAGAACCAUGAAAUUGUUCCCUGCAGUUUGGUUGCUUCUAUAGCCAGCCUUAAACAUGGUGGUUGUAAUAAAGUUUUAAGAGAACUGGUAAAACAUAAACUCAUAGCUUGGGAGCGAACUAAAACUGUCCAAGGUUAUCGGUUGACAAAUGCAGGCUAUGAUUACCUUGCUUUGAAAACACUUUCUUCUAGACAGGUGGUUGAAUCUGUUGGAAACCAGAUGGGUGUUGGCAAAGAAUCGGAUAUUUACAUUGUUGCCAAUGAAGAAGGGCAGCAGUUUGCAUUAAAGCUUCACAGACUGGGAAGAACCUCCUUUCGAAAUCUGAAAAAUAAGCGUGAUUACCAUAAACAUAGGCAUAACAUGUCUUGGCUUUAUUUAUCUCGUCUCUCUGCCAUGAAAGAAUUUGCUUAUAUGAAGGCAUUGUAUGAAAGGAAAUUUCCAGUUCCAAAGCCAAUUGAUUAUAGCCAUGCAGUGGUCAUGGAACUCAUAAAUGGCUAUCCUCUAUGUCAGAUACACCAUGUUGAAUCCUCAUCAGUAUAUGAUGAAGCUAUGGAACUAAUUGUUAAACUUGCAAAUCAUGGACUAAUUCAUGGAGAUUUCAAUGAAUUCAAUCUCAUUUUGGAUAAAGAUGACCACAUCACCAUGAUAGAUUUUCCACAAAUGGUUUCAACAUCUCAUCCAAUGCUGAAUGGUAUGUUCUGGAUGGUUUCUGCCAGUGGCUACACAAAGGAAAUGCAGGUACAUGAUGAACUACUUCAUCCAAUAGGUCCAGAUGGAAAUACUGAAACAGUGGAGGAAUUUGAAUUCUCAUUUUCUGAUGAAGAAGUUUCAGAAAAGCAAAGGAUUGUAGAUCAGAAAAUGAAGGUGGACAAAACUUUAGAUGAAUUACCUGACUGCUGUGGCAGAGCACCUGAAGACCUUGAACAAAUAAAGGAAGACAAUUUGUCAGAGGCGAGUGCUGAUCCACAUGGUUUGGAAAUGACUGAGUUCAACCAACCUUUAGAAGAAUAAAAGGGCAGCUUGUUGAAAAACAAUUCUGUAACUGAGUUUUCUGGGGAGAAUAACAGAACUGAAAAUGACACCAGGCAAGGUUGUAAGAGGAUCAAGAAGGCUCCUCAAGGCUCUGAGGAGUAUGAAGAUGAGUGCCCUAAUCUAAUUGCCUUGUCAUCAUUAACAGAGAAUUCAGGCUUUCAGGAAUUGGUGAAACAGAAGGUGAGACGUCAGUUGACAAAACCAAAAUCAGCUGUCAGACGUCGAUUGCAGAAAGGAGAAGCAAAUAUAUUUACCAAGCAACGGAGAGAAAACAUGCAGAAUAUUAAAUCAAGCUUGGAAGCAGCUACCUUUUGGGGAGAGUAAUAUUAUUCAAGAUCUUGACUAUUUUUCAUUCAGCUACUCUGAUCCCUUCUUAAGCCACCUUCAGUAUUUUUUGGACCAAGACAGAUACAUAUAAAUAGAUAAAUAAACCCUCUUUCUUGAUAAA